AUGGCGGCAACAUUCGCGGCGCUCGUUAGCGCGCUGGUCGACGAGCCGGAGCGCUCAUGCGUGGCGCAGGCCGUGGCUGAGGCCGAGGCGACGCAGGCACUGCGUACGCUCGACGACGACGAAAAGAAGGCGCUCGAAAAGCGCAUUUCCGCCCUGCUCGGCACGCCGGCCGCACAGCAGGGCCAUGCAUGGCACGCUGCAGGGUCGGUGGCCGCCGCGUACGUCGCGCAGCAGGGGUGGGACGCGGUCGAGGCGAACGGCGGGGAAUGGGUCCACCGUGCGCUCGCCCUCUGCGAGCAGGCCCUGCUGCAGAUGCAGGGCGGCUCAGAAAAGGCACGCGACGCGCUCCUCCCUUUCCUGGGCGUCGUCGUGCGCGAGGCGAUGGGCGCAGAAGCAAGCGCGCACCCCGAGUACUACCGCGUAGUCGUCGCGCCCAACGUCCCAAAGCUCGCUAGCGCGCUGGUCGAGCUGGCGGCCGAGCCAAACGCCGAGCUCCUUGCGCUGCUGUACGCAUCCUUUGUGCGCAACGCCACGACAUAUCGCCCGCACGUCGCAAAACUGCACGCGCUGUGCAUGCGCAUCCUAUUUGCACCGCACGCCGAACCGGGCGGCACGCCGCCGCCGGAAGCACUCGCCGCGGCGGCCGCGCGCCUCUUUUCGGCGCUGCACCUCACCGGCGCUGUCAGCGAGGGAACGGCGCACGGCAAGGUCCUGCAGACCCAGCUGUGGGCCGCACCCGCGACCGAGAUGCUCGACGCGGCCUUUGCGGCGCUCGGCUCGCUGACGCCGUCGCGCGCUCCGGCGCCCUGCGCGGCGCUCGGCUGGAGCAAGACGACGCCGGACUAUGUCGUGGGUAUUCCCUGGAGCUGUGCGCGUCUCUUUUGCCUGGCAGGCGACGACGCGCACCUCGGCGUCCUGAUGCACUACCUCGCGACGCCGACGCCGCGCCCGGUGCCGGUGCCGAUCGGGCGCGUGGUGCUGCUGGCCGCCAGCAUGAUUCGCGUGCGCUCGGACGAUGCGGCGCCGCGCGAUCAGCUGCGUGCCGAGGCCGCGGCGCUGCCCCAGGUGCGCCGCGCGGGCCUGCGCCUCCUUGGCGAGGUCGUUGCGCAGUUCCAAGAGGCGUGCUGGCCCUAUCUCUACGACGAGCACAGCGUACUGGACGACGUGUGCACGGCCGCCGAGCGUGCAGCCGGCGACCGCGAGCGUCUGAUUGCGCUGCGCACGCUCUCGCUCCUUCUUACGAGCGGCAUGCUGCCGGAUGCGUCGCUGCCGGGCGCGGCGCUCCCGCUGGAUCCGGCGUCGGGGCGCGUACAGCGCACGGCGCGCCUCGCGAUCGAUGCGUGCAGCACGUUUUUGCUUCCGCAGGCCUCGGAGCCUGCAGCGAAGCGCGCGCGCGUCUUUGAGAGCGAUGCCGUGCUUGCGUCGACACGCGCAGCGCAGGACGCGGUCCUCGGCCAGUCCAACCUCGCGUGGCAGCUGGCGCGGGCGGGCGUGUGCCUCUUCCAGGCAGUGUUCCGCACGCUUGCGUGCAGUGCGACGCCAGGAAGCCGCGACCUGGCACGGACGGGGGCGCUGGUCGUGCUUGGCCUUGCCGAGGCGACCGUCGACGGACGCGUGCUCGACGUCGCGCGUGCCGACACCCUUGCACUGUGCCUCGCCAGCAUCACCGCAGUGGCCGAGCUGGUGCUUGCCAAUGGCGGGGCGCUUGUUGCGUACAUUUUGCUUCGUAUCCGUGCGCUGUUUGUGCGUGGCGCUGCAUCGCCUGUGGCGCUCGUGCGUGCGGCGUGCGAGUCGGCGCUCGCACGUACGCUGCCCCUGCUGCGUCCUCGUGCGCCGCCGGUGUUUGAUAGCGUGGACUCGGCGGCACUCGAAGGAAGCGACGUGGACGUCGUGCCGCUUCCCAAGCCGGGCUACGACGCGAGCAAACGGGGCGUUGCGGCACUGUACGAAGCACACCGACUUGACAAUCCAGACAUGGACGUGGAAGCUCCUGCCCCUGCGGCGGCUCCUGCCCCUGUGGCGGCUCCUGCCGCCAAGGUCGUACCGCCGUCUGCGCCCGCACCGGCAGCGUCGAUCCCGCUUGACACGCCCGAUUCCGACUCGGACUCGGACGCGAUGCCCGAGCUCGAUGCCGGCGGCUCGGACGACGAGUAG